UUUGGUAUACCGUUACUGUUGUUGGUGAAGCAACACAAGCAUUCCGAGGUUGGGAAUCCAGCAUUGCUUCCAGGCGAGAAGAAUUCCAUGUGGCACUUUGUUGAAUAUUGAUGCAAGCAGCAUCAACACCUAAUUUAAAGGAUCUACGCUUGUUAUAUCGAUUUGGUAGUAUUUAUAGUUGCACAGCCUUUGUCGUUGUUAUGCUUGUAGUGGCUUCAAGCAUCUCGAAAGGUUUAGUUAGGAUGAAGGAGUAGAUGUGAAUUGAACGGAUUACAAAGGGUAUCUGACGUGAAGGAUAAUUGCGCAUUCGUUUCCUGUUUACACAUAGAAAAACAAGCCAACAUGUCGACCACAAAUUCUAAAGAGCAUGAGAAGAUAGAGAUAACUAUUACUUCAGAAACUGGUACGACUGAUCAAGUACCCCUCACAAAUAAUGAACAUGAGGCCCAACCCACCUCGCCAGUCAAGAAGGAUACUAAAAACACCUUGCAACCACCGAAAAUAGCGGAACAGGAACAGCGAUAUGAGAUUCUGAAAAUUGAAGAGAAGCAUGGGCCGUUACAUAAUGCAAUCCCAGUGAUGCCACUACCUUUGGCAAUUGUGUGCUGUUUAUUAAACAUCGGUUGCCCAGGACUAGGCACCCUGAUCUCUUCGUUUACCGUCUUCUGUGGUGCUAGCACACGAAUCACCAAGAGAUCCCAUGCCUUCCUCCUCAAUCUGCUGGCUGCCUUCCUACAGAUGUUAUCCUUCAUCAUCAUAGUCGGAUGGAUAUGGAGCAUAUUAUGGGGCAUGACCUUUAUACAGUUACGAUGGGAUAGCAAACACCCAACAACACUGGGAGCUCAGGAACAGAGAGACGUAGAAAAACAAUUAGUAAAGCGUGCAGUAUUCCGUACAUAGUGUAGACAGGUGCAUACACCAUUGGUUGUUUACAGCUAAAUGACGGUAUCGCAAUCAGAGUCUAAACCCGCUGCGAUCCCAUACUACGUGCGACGGCAGAGUAGCGUGGAUUACAGGACAGCUGAAUGACCCAUACCCAUGGUGCCCACACAUCCUAAAAAGUAGAAGUGGCCAGGGGGAAAUGGGGAAUCUAGACGUUUGCUUACAUGGAGGCUUGCCUCAGAGACACUUAUUUGCUAAAUUAUUGAGCGAUGGCUCGGCUUAUGACUAGUUCAAGGCUACUGAUGAGACGCCUGCUUGAGUAUCAGUAUGUCAACGAGCAUGAGAGACCUGUGUGGGUGUGAUGGCCCCCCGAAUUAUGCAUUGUAUUGAUUCACACAGCUAACAGCUAAUGCCCGUGUAAGAAGGUGGUCAAGUACUAUAAGCAGAGGCAAGCUGAGUAGUUGUAUUCACGACAGGCCUGGACAAAGCUAAACGGCUAUCGGAUAUGUAGCCAACACAUUUUUCACGAAAAUAGCUCUUGACCACCUCUCUGCAUGAACAAGUUCAUGCGAUAUGCAAGGCUGCCGUGCCUUGUAUAUGUGAUCCCUAUUUCCAGAGUGGUUCUUCCAUCUUGAAGGUAGUGAGCUGAUGACACACUUGAUGCAAGGGUCUGGCAUCAUCUGAAGCCGUGGUUGUAACAUCAACAUUUAUUGAGAGGCGAAAUUGACAGAGCUCUUAUGUAAUCCUUUUAUCGAAGGAACAACAGCCGCAUAUCACAACAUGCAAGACGCGAAAUGAUCGCAUGUUACGUUCUUCGCAAGGGAUUAGACAUGAAACAUACAGAACGCCGCCUGUCAGUGUGGCUUUAAAUCAAUGUUUAACUCCAGGAAAAACUGUAAAUACUUCCAUUACCUAAACAUGUUUAAUAUACUCCAUUGUGUAAUAUAGCAAGAUGUUAUUAUAUGCAGCGCCAGCUAACGUUUCUAGCAAAGCUAUCAUCCUUAAAAUGGCAGUGUUGCUUUUUCUAUAACCUAUGAAAUAUAUAUUUGAUGUAAAUUGAUAGAUAACUGCAUGACGUAGUAGAAAAUGUGCAAUAUUAAUAAUGUUUGUAAUUUUCUUACUUUUUCUACCAAUGAAUGCUUUUGUUUAUAACCGAUAUAUUAAUCUAGGUUAGAGCUGGUUUAGUAGCAUGUUGGUAGUUUCUGUGACUUUGAGUUAUUACCAAGUAAGAGUUCAAGUUUCUAAGUUAACCAACUUUCAGUGCUUUCCAUGCAAGGACACAGAGUGAGACAUUAUGAGCGAAUUUAAAGCGUUUUCGGGGAACAAAAAUACUCAUUAUCGCUAUAAACCCGAGACUAAGCUAAUACAGUGGAACCCCGGUAACACGACCACUCCUGGGACUGAGGUUGAAUGGUCGCGUUACCGGGGUGGUCGCGUUAGUGAAGCUAAACAUCCGGGCACAAAAUGCAUGAUUAAGUUUUCCCACCAAAAUAUUGUUGAACUUUUUCACAAGUUCAAAAUUCUGAAAAAUUUUCAAAGCCAAAUUUUUUUGGGGUUGAUGAAGUUUCUUCAUUUUGAGCAAAAAAACAAGUGAAAAAAAUAUUUGGACUAUAUUUUUUUCAUCUGUAGCAUGAUAAAUUUGCCGCAAUCAGUUUCUUAACAGAAAUCAUGUCACCAUUCGUCUUUUCACGGCAAUUAGGCCCGUUGGUAGGGUUAUAGGGGCUAAUUUGGUCAUUAGGACGGCCCAAUCCAGUGUUCGUUGUCUGGGUACCGGGUGGUCGUGUUACCGGGGGCCUUGUAAUGAUAAUUAGGGAGGAAACCAUUCGGGACCGGCGAUUCUUGGUCGUCAUAGCGGGGAGGUCGCGUUACCGGGAUAGUCGCCGACCGGGGUUCCACUGUAAUUGUUUAUUAGGUAAUAUGGCUUAUAGAUGUAUACAUAUCUUGCAGUAUAAUGUAUAGUAGAAAAUGAAGGAGGUGAAAGCUUGGGACAGCUACGCUAAAACUUGUUAUUGGGGAUAUUUUGUAGUUUAUAGUACUUAUCUAUUGGUGUAUGCUGUAUAUGGUUUUUAUGCACCCAUUAUGUACGCGGUUCCAUCUCAUCUGAAUGCUUAAAACUGAACUCCGAGAAUAAACCAUCAAAGUUUGUUUGAAAUUGAAUUGUGGAAGACAUUGGGCGUCAAAUCUGACUUCAAUCAUAGGAACAAGUUCCUUGACGAGACAGGCCCAAUUUACAGGGCCUGUUUGGUUUUUCCUGAAGUUCAGCUUUGACUCACUUUACACUUGCUAUUGUCACCUGGGUGAGAGGCCGCUUCACCAUCAUCAAAUCUAUGGUGGUUAUGCUCUGUCAUAGAUUCUAUGACAGAGAAACAUGUGCUUGUGUAAAACCCGAAACAUUCGGCUGCAGUAAUCUUCUUAGCAAACUAUAACUUUCGAUGGAUACCGUGUGAUCACUGUAGAAAACUACAUUCGAAGCAAAGUCAGGAUAUUAUCUAGAUAAUUCUACUGAUAGAUAUAAUACAGUUAUCAUGCUUAUCAACAUGCUCCUCAAAGUGUAGCUAACAAUGUUAAUGUAUAACAAAUAUUACUGAUAUUCUUAUAUAGACUUAUGAUGUAACUCUAGAAGUUGACUGAAGCUUAUGCGCCUGGCAAUGUCUAAAUGUUGAAGCACAAAUCUAUCAUAGCGCGAAGCAAGGAAUAUUAAUGUCAUUUUGGUUUCAAAUGUAUUUCCUUUCCAAUUGUUUGUUUCCACGUUGUAAUGAUUGUUAAACAAUAUAUUUUCAAUAAACAUGUUA